GAAGAAAGGACUCCAGGACCAGCCCCAAACUGGGCCCUAAGCCCCACUGCAGCUGCGACGGCAGGCAGCCCGCAGAGGCAGCGGCACAGGCAUGGGGAACAUGCCUUCCGCUGUGAAGCACUGUCUGAGCUACCAGCAUCUUCUCCGGGAACAUCUCGGAGUCGGGGACCCAGUGGCUGGGGCGCUUGAGCCCGCGCAGGUAACACAAUUAUCAGGAUUUCCUGAGUAUGUUAAAAUAGUAGAAGUUGGACCCAGGGAUGGCUUACAAAAUGAAAAGGUCAUUGUACCUACAGAUAUAAAAAUUGAGUUUAUCAACCAACUUUCCAAAACAGGCUUAUCAGUAAUAGAAGUAACCAGCUUUGUAUCUUCUAAAUGGGUACCUCAGAUGGCAGAUCAUACAGAAGUAAUGAAAGGCAUCUAUCAGUACCCUGGUGUUCGAUAUCCUGUACUCACUCCUAAUCUUCAGGGUUUUCAUCAUGCUAUUGCAGCUGGGGCCACAGAGGUAUCAGUAUUUGGGGCAGCAUCUGAAUCAUUCAGUAAGAAGAACAUUAACUGUUCUAUCGAAGAAAGCAUGGAGAGGUUUGAAGCAGUUGUUAAGUCAGCAAGGCAUAUGAAUGUUCCAGUGCGAGGGUAUGUUUCUUGUACCCUGGGAUGCCCAUAUGAAGGACACAUUGCACCUGAAAAAGUGGCCGAAGUGUCUAAGCAGUUGUAUAGCAUGGGCUGCUAUGAGAUCUCUCUGGGGGACACAAUUGGAGUGGGAACUCCUGGAAGUAUGAAAAGAAUGUUGGAAAGUGUUAUGAAAGAAAUCCCACUAAGUGCUCUUGCUGUUCACUGUCAUGACACAUAUGGGCAAGCUUUAGCAAAUAUUCUUACAGCUUUGCAGAUGGGAAUCAAUGUUGUGGACUCGGCUGUGUCUGGAUUAGGUGGUUGUCCUUAUGCGAAAGGUGCUUCUGGGAAUGUAGCAACAGAGGUUGUAUAUAUGCUGAAUGGUCUGGGACUCAAUACAGGAGUGAAUCUUUACAAAGUGAUGGAAGCUGGGAACUUUAUUUGUAAAGCUAUAAAUAAGACAACAAAUUCUAAAGUAGCACAGGCCUCGUUCAAUGUUUGACAUGAAUGAAGCUGGGUUGUGAAAUUUCGAAGCUCAGUCUCACCUGCAUAGAUCUCAUCUGAAUAACAUUACCAUCACUUUAUUUGGAAAUAUGAAGUGAUAGGCAGAAGUGGAAGUGGGCUCUUAAAAAGAAGAUUGUUGACUCAAAGCAUAGCAUGGAUACCAGGUAAAUUGAAGGAUUUGUGGAUAAAUAAUAAAACAAUUCAGUGUAUAAACAUAUUAGAACUUAGAGAGAGAAUGUCAUAUAUUGCUGCGACAGAAAUAACUUUUUAAAUUCACUUGAAAAUUGACUGCAGAUUUCCCCAAUAUUGAAUACUUGGUUAAUACUUAAUCAAGUUGGUUCAACACAGCGUACAUAUUUUCAGUAGUUUAUGAGAUUCCACAUAGUGUGUGGCCCUGAUAUUAUACAUUUUGCUCCUGGAUCUCAACUUUCUGUUUGCCAAGGCAGUUAAGUUGUGAAUGAAGAGCCAAAUCUCAAUGUGACCCUAAGUAAUUUUAGCAAUAAGACUUUUGUAUUUCAACUAUAGUUAACAUCUGUUAACUAUUUGAAUGACUUUAUCUUGUUCCAAGAGGCUGUGGUCAAUGGCAACAUGCCAUAUCCUGGGAACAUAUUAGGACCUCCCAUAUUUGUUACAUGCAUCCAGUUCACCAUACUUCUCUUUUCAUCAGCUGCAGUACAAACCAAUGGGCUCUUACUCAACAAUAAAGAAAUAGGAGAUAGGAUUUCCAUCCCAUUUACUUCAUAUCAUAAAAGAGAAUGAUUCUGGCUGUACUUUUAGCACAUCCUAUUUUCACAUUUUUUCCAGUUUCCAUAUUUCCCUUGUUACUCUAAUUGUAAUUGCAAUGCUAUUAAGGACAAUCUUCAAUGCAUGGACAAUGCCAUUCUUCCUCAUUCUAUAGUUAAGCUAAAUCAUCAUACAAACAGUUUACCUACUUUUUAGUACUGUGCCCAAUGUUAAAUUGAUGAAAUUCUGGCUUAUCGUAAACUCCAGUUGGAAAAAUUGUCACGUAGAAAAUCCUUACUGAAAUGUUCCAGGUCAGUGCAUCAGAGAAGGGCAAUGAGAAAUACCAUGUUAAGAAUAACAUUUCAGUAACCUAUGCAAAUCAUGUGCAGAAAAUGUAAUAUUUCACUCUGAAAUGUCAGUUCUCUUAUUUGUAUAGGCUUCUCCAAUAAUACCUAAUGAUAUUAUCUUUUGAAUAAAUUAAAUAUUG